AUGCGCCCUCCACGCUUGAUCCUUCUCUUGCUAUCUUUCAUCUUCUUGCCUAUUCUUCUCACUUGUCUCUCCCUCCUCUCGGCUCAUCCCCGUCAUGACGCCGCCGACUCAUCACUCGCUGGCCGAACGAGUCGACUACGCGCCCUCUUCUCCUUUAAUGCUCCCUCAUCACUCUUUCCUCCGUCUGCCAUCAUCAGUCUGACGGACGAUAAUUCAACCUUCUUCUUGGCCCGACCUGCAGCGUUUGGGCCGUUGUUGCCGGCAAAAGGACUCAGCGGGCAGCUAUGGAUUGGAAGUGGCUUCGGUGAAGAUAGCCUCCGUAAAGGAGGUGCCACUGCCCGAGCCGAGGGAGAACUUGGUUGCUCUGAUGUUCCGGGAUGGGGCGAAGGCGACCAGCAGCAUCUGCCAGACUUGAGUGUCAGCAAGAACAGUGAUAGAGAUACGGCUCGCAAGCCGGCAGACGGGCCAGAGAACGUUAUCACUGGAAGAAGCAUCCACCGUAGAGGUGAUGCUCUCAGUAAUGCAGAACUCGCAAAGGACAGCUCAGGUGCUGGUACUGCCCCGUCAGCGGAUGACGGUACAGACGACCAUCUGCAUCACCCUCUUCCUGGAUCCGAGUCUCCGGACCCCUCAAGCCCCGACAACGGUGGAGAUCAUGCUGGAAAGAAUACACAUGCAGACAUACAAUCUCUGCAAGAGAGCGCAGAAAUUGCGGGGAAGGUCGUCUUGCUGAGCAGAGGCGGCUGUGGUUUCCUAGAGAAAGUGAAAUGGGUUCAACGACGCGGUGGUGUGGCUUUGAUUGUUGGAGACGACACCAGGGGAGGAAACCUUGUCACUAUGUAUGCCCAUGGCGACACUUCGAAUGUGACCAUCCCCGCUGUCUUUACCUCUCACACUACAGCACAUCUGCUCUCUUCCCUGAUCCCUCCUCAGACAGUCGACGACUCAGGUACUGGUCGCAAGCCCAUGAAACUACCGGAGAGCAAAGGAAAAGGAUCGGAGCAGGGAUCCCGAUCGACAAAAACAAGCGGUCCCAUGUCAACACCAACUUCAACAGCGCGUUCGAGGAGCCUCGCAACUGUCUCGAGCUCGUCAGGAUCAGAAUCAGGAUUCCUCGGUGCGAUCUUGUCUGUUCUGGGUCUUGGCAGUAGCCGGAGCUACUCCUGGCAUCUUCCCGAAGACAGUCGACGCCCACCCAGCAGUGGGAACAUUGAUUGGGUUAUAGUCGAUCACUGGGAAGAAGAAGAGACAUCCAGCAAUGCGAAAGCACCGGUCGAUAAGACCAAUCAGAAGAAUGAUAACGAUGCCCAGUCUAGUGGCUCCAAGCAAUCGGCCUCUGAGCCUAGCAAGUUCGAUGGCGACGGCUUUGUGAUCGGAGUACAGGACUGGCGCGAUCCUGAUUUGGUUGCUCCUCAGGGUUCACCAGCACCAAAGUCGAAUAUCUCCCCUGGACAGUCAGGAUCUAAGGCACAGGAUGGACAAGACAUGAAAGGCAAAUCUUCGUCUAAUGCUGGUUCGAAUGGUCCAAAAGGGGGUAGCAUCAUGCCUGGUAGCGGCGAAUACGUGGAUCCCGAGAAAUCCUCUAAGAAUAGCAAGUCGGGCAAGGGUUCUGCUAAGAACCAAGACCCUGCGGCAAACUCCAAGUCUGGUGAGUCCAAGACAGCGAAGAAUUGGUUCAGGGGUCAUUUCGGCUGGUCCGAAGACAAGGGAUCUGUCUCUGAUAGACCUUUAGAUACGAUGGAUAGCCAUGGACCUUCAAAUGACGGGAAAGCCUCCAAAUCAACUGGUUUCAGAAACCAGCCAGUUCGAAGCAAGGCAGAUAAACCAGAAGAACAUGAAGGCCUUUGGGUCACUUUAACUCCAACGACCAUGUCAACAAGCCCGUUCUUCGAUACUCUCCUUGUUCUGGUGGUGAGCCCCCUGAUCACUCUGACGGUAGUCUAUGCUCUCCUACUGUUGCGAUCUCGCAUCCGACGUCGCCGCUGGCGGGCUCCUAAGUCGGUCGUCGAUCGCCUGCCGGUGAGAACUUACCAUACGAUCUCACCUUACUCUUCCGCAUGUAACACCCCUCGGCCACCAAGCCCGGGUUCCUCAUCUCCCACGUCGCCUCUCCUUUCCUCCGAGUCGCAUCCAGCACCUUCUAGAUCUAGACCCCGGUCGCAGACUGCGUCUGGAGUGGUUCUGAGUACAUCGGAAUCGGCAAAGGAUGCUCGCACAGCAGGCGAGAAAUCAAGUUCGGGAUCUACUCUUUGGCGGCGUAAAUACACGGGACGACAGGUGGAAUGUGUUGUCUGUCUUGAAGAAUACGUGGAUGGACAAAGCAGGGUAAUGAGCUUGCCGUGUGGACAUGAAUUCCACGUCGAGUGCAUCACUCCUUGGCUCACCACCCGUCGUCGCACAUGUCCCAUUUGCAAAGGAGACGUAGUUCGCUCCAUGUCACAAUACAACAACGUACCUGAGCAGCGUGAGAGGAAUGAACAGACCGCGGAUGAUAUUCAAACUCGUGCCCUCGAGGCUCGCAACGACUCUCCAUCCGCAGCUGUUCCCAUUUCGGGAUUGAUGGAAGAUGAGGCCUCGGAUCUGGAGCGUGGCGAUGACUCUUCCGUUCCUCUCCUCGACGAGCAUGCAUAUUCUGCGCCGCAGUCAAACUGGCGGCAAUUCGCUUCUCUUAGCCUAUCAGCCCUCAGCGGUGACACUAUUUGGCACCAGGCCAGGGCCGACAGGAGCAGAUAG